AUGGAGGCCGAACUGGCCAAAGAGCUGCGCGAAGCGACCGAUCAACUCCUAGACAUUGCACCUGCUCGACCUUCUGCCUUCGCCGCUUCGCCCCACCUCCAGCAGACACGUCGAGACGUCUCGCCUUCCAAGAUUGAGCCUGCAUCGACGCGAAGCACUGCAACAUUCUCUGCAUCUUCCAAGCUCGAGGUUCUACAUUCGCCCACCGACGUCCGACCCUUCCAAUGGCCAGUACCACCCACUUCCACUGUUAAUAGUGGCGUAGACAACACUGGCAGCCCGUCCAACACUGUUGCAUCGAGAUCGCAUGAUCCGAUCAAGAUCGAGCUUGGCACAAGCCUCCUGGACGAUGCUGAUGACAACUUACCUGCACGCGGAUUGAGCUCCCGAACGCGAUCCGUCAAGGCUGGCACAGCGCAAGAACAUGAUGAUACACAGAUCCUUGCAUCGUCGCAUCUGUCGGAUGGGUUCGACCAAGAGCUAAGAGUCCCAUCACCUAGCAAGCUCAGAGUCCGCACUCCAGUCAAUGACAUCUACAUCAACCAAUACGGCGAGCGCGUCGUUCAAGGUAAGGUCGUUGGUCGCACCUUGGGUGGCAGGCCACGACCCCAGUCUCGCGAACGCGAUCCAUCUACAGCAGCGGACGAAUGCGGUCCCGAUCCAUCAUCCAUCCUCCCGUCAACGUCAGCAAAAACGACAUCUGAAUCGACGACUACAAGCACAUCAACUCCGCCCGCCUUCUUUCUCGAGUCGUUUCCAGAUGCUUUCCAGUCUGCGGCUGGUACGAGCCCUACCAAACCUCCCCCUCCGGUAAAGAAAAAGGCGCGCAGACCGUCUAGGGGCGGUCCUCCAAGCAUCAUUAGAGCGCCUCGUGCUGUCGCAGGUGCUCUGACGCUCGCGCACUGGGACAACAAUGACGAUGUUUCUAUUGUGUUGGAUACCAGCUCCGACAUUGCGUCGGAUUUUGGCUCCCCUUCUUCGGCCUCGUCCAAACAGCUUUCGAUGUCACCCAGGCCACGGAAAGCGAGGUUGUCCUCGAGCGCCUCGUCAAGGCCGGUCGACAAGAGCUUGACCGAAGGACUGCUCGGUCUUCGACUGCAAAGCGAGGAUCGAAGCAAGAGUCAGUCGACCGGUAAAGACACAGCGCUACUCUCUCCCGCUGAAGGCGUCGCAACAGUGGACAGCACCAGAUCUCAGCUGGAACUGCCCUCCAUUCGAAGGCCGACGCCAACCAUCGAGCUGAGUCAAGCAAAGGCAGAUCCAGUGGUUUUGCACGGCAACAGAAGACAAGCGCGUGCGUCGGGAAUGAUACAACCGCAGGAUGAGGCGAGAAGCGGGAGCAGCUCAAAACUCAACUCGCCAGCUGUAUCGCCGCCGACCAAUACAAGCGCGCUCCCAGCGACCUCAAGCGACCAAUCCGCACAGAAUCACGACCAGAAUGGCGCGCGUACGCGGCUCGAAUCAGCUUCGGAACCAUCGAGUCCACUCAUCUCUCCGCGUCGCGAGCGAGCUGCUUAUUGGCAAAGCAGUGAACACCACGAGCGAGCCGAGAUUGUCGGCGACAAAGAUGAUGUCGAUAAUGCUUCGCUCGAGUCGGCACCAUCUUCGCUCAUCUCGCUACCUGUUUCGACUCUCACGUCUUCUUCGCGCUCACCGAGUCACCACAGCCUCGAACGUCGACGUAGCGGCGGCAGUUCCUUUUCACAUAGGCGACGUCAAUCAUCAGCCUCGAUUCGCAACGGCUCUUCCGACGUCUUUGCGCGCGAAGUGCGCAUCCGUGGAUGGUCCGAAGUGGGCUCGCAAGCGCGCGGCUGGGUCGUUUUCGAACUGCGCAUCAUCACGAAGCAAGGUACACCUAUCGUUGCGCACAAACGCUUCUCGUCGUUCGUCAAGCUAAGAAGUACGCUGCUCAACGAAUGCAAGGAUCAGGCAAAGUGGUUACCUCAACUGCCGACAAGAAGGACGGGGUUGUUGAGCAAGUACGAUGCAAGCGAUCUCAAGCGUAGCGUCCCGGUGUCGAGUGCGUGCAGCAAGGGGGAAAGCGACACGGCCUAA